UAGUACUUUGUGGGAUCUCAACUGGAACAGUUAUUGUAAUCUGAAAAUGAUACGUAUUGCAGUAUUCUUUUCUUUUAAUGGCAUUUGCCACCUCUGCCUUUUUGAGUGAAAACCAAUGUCCUAAGUUGAAGGUGUUAACAAAUUAUACACGGGUUUCCUUUGACAUCAAGGGAGUCAUAGCGCCAGUGUUCACUCCGUUCGACGAUGCGGGAUGUGUCAACUUCUCACUCAUACCCGAAUACUUCAAAUACUUACACGAGAAUGGUGUCCAAGGAAUACUGGUGGGCGGCACAACCGGUGAAUCCAUCACACUGAGCUUGGACGAGCGCCGGGCUCUUCUAGAAGCCUGGGUGAAGGCCAGACCAGACGGCAUGAAGAUCAUCAUGCAAGUCGGCGGAGUACCCAUGCCUGAUGUCAUCAAGAUGGCACAAUACGCCGAGCAGCUGAAAGCAGACGCCAUAAUGACGCUCCCAGAGAUAUACUACAAGCCGAAAACCGUAGAACACCUGGUAGACUACCUUCAUGCUGUCUCUAGUGCUGCACCUUCUCUACCACUGCUGUACUACCACUUCCCAAUGAUGAGCGGAGUUGAUGUAAACAUGCCAGCAUUCUUUAAAUUGGCUUCAGCAAGGAUCCCCAACUUCAAGGGAAUGAAGGCAGAUUUAGGAGUGGCACUACAAGUGUCUGAUCAACUGGGAGAAGACCAGAGAAUAUUUAAUGGAAAUCACCUUGUGGCUCCACCAGUUUUACUCGGCCACGAUUCCAGCAUAGCCACGGUGACAAACAUGUUCCCUAGGCUAGUGAGAGCGGUGAUCGAUGCCGUGAAAAGUGGCGAAGUCGUGAAAGCCAAGGCUCUGCAGGAAAAACUUAAUGCUUUGGUUACUGCUAUAUCUUCUCAAGGGGAGUUUCUACCAACCAUGAAAGCGGCAAUGCCGAUGAUAACCGGAAUCCAGGUGGGGCCACCUCGUCGGCCUCUAGCCAGUAUCGAUGACCAAAAGAAGAACCAGCUUAUGGAGGACCUCAAGAGACUGAAUUUUGGCCGAAUGGACGAGUGAGGGUUAAAAUAAAGUAAACAACAUUUGUUUAAAAGAAGUAUAUAUUUUAUAUUUCA